UGACGUGUCCAAUCAAAAUCAGCUGUUAAAUAAUAAUUUUUUAUUUAGUGAGACCAAGUACAUUUUUUUUUCAGAAUUUUCAACUUUUUUGAAAUAUGGGGGACACAGAGAAGGCCCCUUUGUCCAAUGAAGAGGCAUUAAAAUUAUGUGAUCAAAUACCCAUAGAAACCAAGGAUUUUAUAAUGCAACAGACAAUGUACCGAAUAAAAGACCCAAAAAUCUCCCUUCCAUUCUAUUCUAAAGUGUUAGGAAUGAAACUUCUUUCCAAACUGGACUUUCCCUCAAUGAAAUUUUCUUUAUAUUUUAUGGGUUAUGAGGACAAGCUUAAGGGUGAUUUGGGCACAGUGGAAAGAAACUCUUGGGCUUUAGGCCAAAAAGCUACCAUUGAACUGACUCAUAACUGGGGCACUGAGAAUGAUCCAAAUUUCAAAUAUCAUAAUGGAAAUCAAGAACCUAAGGGUUUUGGUCACAUUGGUUUAGUUGUACCAGAUGUUAAUAAAGCCUGUGAACGUUUUGAAAAAUUGGGUGUAAAUUUCAUUAAAAAGCCUGAUGAUGGAAAAAUGAAGGGAAUUGCCUUUAUUACAGAUCCAGAUGGAUAUUGGAUAGAAAUUUUAAAUAAUAAGGUUACUGCUGAUAUUGCUAAGGAAUUUAGUGUCUAAUGUCUAAUGCUAUUUUUUUUUAAUAAAAUUAAUGUGAUAAAUCAUUAAAGUUAUAUCAAAGUUUC